AACAAAAAUAUUGAGACGGAGACACAAAGAGUGAAAAAAAUCAACGAAAAAAGACAUUCGGUCAAUUAUUUGGAUUAAAUGUUCAAUUUUAAUUUCGUGCUCACACUGAACACCACUCACACAUUGUGUUGUUUGUCAAUUUAAAUGGAAACAAUAAGAUUUGGUUAAUUUUUUGACAAUACAUAGAUUUCACUGGUUGGAGCGGUUAGCUAGUCAAUAUGAAUUGUUUACGCUUGCAUCAUAAACAGAGUACAAAUGUGUUCCCAACGAUUCGAUCAAAAUCAUUAGGUUAUUUUCACGGCAGCCGUUGUCAUUCACACGCACGAUUUACACAAAAUGUACAAAAUAGCAAAUUCACACCGGCAUCGAGCCGAUGCAUCCACACCGUCAAUUCGCCAAUGUUGUCAACGGCAGCAGCGGCAGCAGAAGAACGCACCAAAUAUGAAUCAAAUACACUUCCAAAGAAUGCGCAAGUUGUUAUAUGUGGUGGCGGUGUCAUGGGAGCUGCUGUUGCUUAUCACCUCGCUUUGAAGGGUCUUGGAAAUGAAGUUGUGCUGCUGGAACAAGAUCGAAUUGGUGGCGGUAUGACGUGGCACUCAAGCGGUUUGGUUGGUGCGUUCAAACCGACCUAUUCUCAGGUCUUAUUGGCUCAACAAACAAUCAAAUUAUACGAAGACUUAACGGCAAAGGGUUUUAAAACGGGCUGGAAACAAUGCGGUUCAUUGAAUUUGGCACGCACCAGAGAUCGAAUGACACAAUUUCGCCGGAUGAAGUCACUCAGCGCAUUAUGGGGAAUUGAGUGUGAAAUUCUAACACCAUCACAAUGCGGCGAAAAAUGUUCAGUAAUUGAAACGAGUGAUUUGCUUGGUGGCAUUUGGAUUCCAAAGGAUGGAGUUGCACACCCGAAAUAUAUAUGUGAUACAUUGAUUACUGAGGCGGUUAGACUCGGCGUGACUGUCAUUGAAAAGUGUAUAGUGAAUGAAAUUUUACACAAACAAAACUUUGUGAGUGCGGUUAAAACAAACUAUGGCCGAAUUCAUUGCGAGUUUUUCGUAAAUUGUGCUGGAUUUUGGGCACGAUCUAUCGGAGAAAUGUCUGAACCGAAAGUAAAGAUACCGCUAAAACCUGGCGAACACUAUUUUUUGCAUACGAAACCCAUUAUAAAUUUAGAUCCAAUGAUGCCGGUUGUUCGCGAUUUAGAUGGACAAAUCUAUAUUCGGGAGGUGGAUGGACGUAUUUUAGCCGGAGGUUUUGAUGAAAAAACAAAACCAGCCUUCCAAAAUGUGACAAUUCCAUUGGAAGCAAAUAAACGUGAGCUAGACGUCGAUUGGGAUCAAUUUUACCCAUUGUUGGAAGAAAUUCUAAGGCGAGUACCACAAUUGAAAGAUACGUAUGUGGAAAGUUUGAUAAAUACGCCAGAGGCCUUCAGUCCGGACUGUAAAUGGAUCCUCGGCGAAUCGCCUGAGAUCCGAAACUAUUUGGUUGCGGCCGGAAUGAAGACUGUAGGUAUAUCGGCAGCUGGUGGUGCUGGUAAAGCCAUCGCCGAUAUUAUUAUCCAGGGUUAUUCGAAGUUCGAUAUCUACGAAUUGGAUAUAUCACGAUUCCUGAGCAUUCAUAAUAAUGCAAAAUUUUUACGUGAUCGUAUCGUGGAGGUGCCUGCCAUGCACUAUAAAAUCCCGUAUCCGUUUCAUGAGUUUAAAACUGGUCGAAAUUUGAGAAUGUCGCCGAUUUAUACGGUAUUGAAAUCGCGCGCUGCAAUUUUCGGAUCGACCAUGUGUUAUGAACGUCCGAAUUACUUUGAUCCAAAUGGCAUGCACUAUUCAAAAGAUGAUAUUGUUGCGACUGAAGAAUCAUUUGUUGCGGGUGAUACAGAUACAUACUCAAAACCGCAUUGGUUUGAGAUUGUUGCGUCCGAAUAUAAUGCGUGCCGUGAAAAAGUCGGCAUCGCUGAUUACAGUUCAUUCACCAAAAUGGAUAUAUGGUCAAAGGGCGAUGAAGUUGUUAAAUUAUUGCAAUAUCUAUGCUCAAACGAUGUUGAUGUUCCAGUUGGUUCGAUCAUUCACACUGGCAUGCAAAAUAUCCACGGAGGUUAUGAAAAUGACUGUUCUUUUGCUCGUUUGGCUGAAAAUCAUUUCAUGAUGAUUGCUCCAACAAUACAGCAAAUGCGCUGUAAAACAUGGAUUACACGAUUUCUGCCAAAAGAUAAUAGUGUCAAUUUAUCCGACAUAACAUCCACUUACACGGCCAUUUGCAUACUCGGACCAUUUACACGAAACUUACUCUCUGAAUUAACGGACACGGAUUUAUCGGCGAAGAAUUUUCCAUUUUUCACAUUCAAAGAAUUGGACAUUGGUUCCGCCGAUGGCAUUCGAACAAUGAACUUGACCCAUACAGGGGAGCUUGGGUACGUUUUGUAUAUACCAAAUGAAUUUGCAAUGCAUGUGUACUCAAGAUUAUGGGAAGCUGGUCAAAAGUAUGGAAUCAAACAUGUUGGCCAUUACGCCACACGAACGUUACGCAUUGAAAAAUUCUACGCGUAUUGGGGACAGGAUCUUGACACUUUUACAACGCCAUUGGAAUGCGGACGAGCUUGGCGUGUUAAAUUCAAUAAAGGUGUUGAUUUUAUCGGCAAAGAUGCAUUAUUAAAGCAGCGUGAUGAAGGCGUUCGGCGACAGUAUGUUCAACUAUUAUUGAACGAUCAUGACGUUGAUAUUGAUCCAUGGUGCUGGGGUGGCGAACCCAUUUUACGCGAUGGCAUUUAUUGUGGCCAAACGACGACGACUGGCUACGGGUACACGUUUAAAAAACCCGUUUGCUUGGGCUUCAUUAAGAAGAUUGAUGGAGAUGGACAAGAAGAACCUGUUACCACUGAAUAUGUGCUUAGUGGCGAUUAUGAAGUUGAAAUUGCUGGCGUUCGGUAUCCAGCAAAAGUAAAUUUACACUCACCAAAUUUACCAACAAAAUAUCCGGACAAAGAGCGUGAAGCAUACUCGGCAACACGAGAUGAUCCAGUCAAUUUAACAACGUUGAAGCCACAUUUGGUUACUUAACAUGUGAUUAUUUUAAACAAUUAGCAUCACACAACCACCCAUGAAAUAAAAUCGCUCAAACACUGAAUUUAUAAUUGAUGAUGGUCAUACACUCUAUUUUAAUGACUUUGUAUCGUUUUCUCGACAAUUUAUUGUCAGCCGAUGAAGAAAAAAACUCGUGAUUUGAACGAAACGUUCGGAAAUUUAGGACAUGCCAAACUUUGUGCAAUUUAUUAUAGAAAUCUCAAACGGUUUGAACGCUUUUUCCUCUCUUUUAUUUCUUUAUCGAUAUGUACAUGUGCUUUAACAUUUUUGAUAUAAUUUUAUUGUGAAAUAUUUAAAAAGACAGAAAAAAAUUAUUGUAUUGUUGUGAAUAAAUUCAUUUAAUAAAAGUUGUGCGCCAUUCAUGAUUUUUUAUGGCACUUACGGAAGAAA